AGCGCCGGCGAAAUGAUCAAAUACGAGAAGUCGAAAGCCCGUCGAAAGGACCGCGUGUGUGUGUGGCUGGUGUGGUGAUAGUUACGCUGUGAUGUGUGCAAAGUGCUUGUAAAAUUUCCGAGGAUGUGGUGUGCAAUCUCCGAGUGAGCUUAAGGUAGAGAACUAUGGCAGCCAGGCGUCGUCUCAUCGACAUCGGGGCCAACCUGACCGACCCUAUGUUCCGUGGCCUGUACAACGGGUCACGCAAGCACCCUGAUGACUUCGACCAAGUGCUGCAGAGAGCACAAGCCAACGGAGUGCAUAGGAUACUGGUGACGGGAGGCAGCCUGGAGGACAGCCGUCAAGCUCUGGAGCUGGCCAGCGCACACGGUGGCCUGCUGUGGAGCACGGUCGGCUGCCACCCAACCAGGUGUGGGGAAUUCGAGGGCCCGCACGGUCCACCUGACCGCUACUUGGAGCAGCUGUCGGCGCUGGUGCGACAGGGUGCCGGCAGGGUGGCUGCCCUGGGCGAGAUGGGACUCGACUAUGAGAGGCUGCAGUUCUGCGACCGCGAGACGCAGCUGCGCUACCUGGAGCUGCAGCUUCAGUUAGUGCGCCCCAGCGGAGGCCUGCCGCUGUUUCUGCACUGCCGCAAGGCCGCGCCUGACCUGCUGGACGUUCUCAGUCGCAACAGGGGCCUCUUCACCGGUGCUGUGGUGCAUUCAUUUGAUGGCAGCAAGGAAGAAGCAGCUGCGUUUCUGGACUUGGGCCUCUUCAUUGGCAUCAACGGCUGCUCCCUCAAGACUGCCGAGAACCUGGCAGUGGCUGCCACCAUCCCCAGAGACCGACUUCUCAUUGAGACAGAUUGCCCGUGGUGCGAGAUCCGUCCCACUCAUGCCGGAGCCAAGCUGAUCCGAACGUCAUUUCCAGCCAAAAAGAAGGAGCGAUUCGAGGCUGGAUUCAUGGUCAAAGGCCGCAACGAGCCCGCAAACCUUGUGCAGGUGCUGGAAGUCUUGGCUGGCAUCCGUGGUGAAGACCCCGAUGCCCUGGCUACACAAGUGCACGCCAACACAUGCCGCCUCUUCUUUCCUGGUGAGGAGGAACUGGUGGCCAGUGACCCAGCGCAGUUCAUUCAAUAAAACUAAUUUAUUGAAUGAAUGAAGUCUAUUCAACGAAAGCGAAUGAGAUGUAAUGAAGACAAUGGAGGGAAAGCCAUGUUUCCUCAGAUAAAUAUGUCUAUGCAACCACUUGACAA